AUGGCAAGCUCAAAGAAACCGUCACUGCUGAAGCGGCUCAACGACAGGCUAGGGUUGAAAAUCAAUCUCCCAACCAUAUUAUUGAUGUUCAAAGGAGCCGUCGCACCAACCGUUGGCCUUGCUAUAUAUCAAGAUGCUAGCGUCGCAGCCCACUACUCGACAAUCGGCUAUCUCAUCCCUAUCAUGUCACUCUUCGUCGUUCCAAUUCUGCCCCGAGCCAGAUUCCUGCAGAAUUUCCUCGUCACUUGUUUCCUGACUUGUCUUGCCGCCGCAAUAUCCCUUCUCUACAUGUGGACCGCAGUAAAAGCCCGACAAAACACGACUCAUCUGUCAGCAGAGCAGCGGAGCAACGGACCAGUCCCGGGGGCCGAAGUUGUCCCCUACAAUGCAGCUGCAAGCGCAUGCCUGGCAGUGUGGUUCUUCUUUUGGCUCUGGGCAUACAACACGUUCCGCGCCUUUCGACCGCAAUACUUCCUGCCUUUAAUCGUGUUUGGUAUAUUUAUCAACAUCACGGCCGUAUAUGGCGCAAUAUUUCCAGAGAUGGAACAAGUAUACUCUCUAAUGAGACGACUCCUCGAUACCUUCUUUGUCGGAUUCGGGCUUGCCUUCGCCGUUCACUUUGUGGUGCUUCCUCUUACAACGCGAGAUCUGGCAACAUUGAUCCUCAACGAGUAUCUCCACGUCCUCAAAAGCGUCAUUGAUGCUAAAGCAGCACUGCUGAUCUCUUUACCCUCUCGGGACUGGAAUGCUGGGAGCAAAGCGAGCAGCCUGGGGAGCGACAGUGAAGGGGGAGACCCUAAUGAGCGGCUGACCUCCUGGCCUGAGGCUGAUAAAUGGAGAGCGCUCGCUGCGGAAGCCACUGAAUGCCAGGUCAAGAUUCAAUCAGAGAUGCGUUACGUCAAACGUGAGGUUACUUUUGGGAAAUUAUCUGGCAAGGACUUUUCGAGUAUCACAAAACUGCUGAGGAAUAUUUUGAUACCCAUUGCUGGCCUCGAGACGGUGAUUCAAGUAAAUGAUCGAGUUGAAAAGCAGGGAGGAUGGACGUCUGCAAAGACCCACAAGGACGGUUCCGGCUCCGAGAUUUCAGAUCGAGCAUUGAACGACAUCGAGAAAGAGCGGUGGAGUUGGUUGUUUGGCCAGGUUGACGGAGCCUUCAAGCUGCUGUGGCAGGCAAUGAUUGAAGGGCUCGACUAUGCAUUCUUCACCCUGCAAAUCACCAAGAAGCCAGCAUUCACGACCAAAGCUGAGCUUGAAGCGAGAGCAGCCGAGUCUCGUGAUGGAAAAGGGUUUGCAAGAUACCUCGAAAUGACUAUCAACAAGUUCUUGGCUGAGCGAGAAGGGCCUUUGAAAGAAUGGUGUCGCAUGAACGAGACGGAGGAGACCACUGAUCAAUCGGCCGAGAGGUCUGCUCAUCAGCGACAUUCAUCCCAGCUAUACCUUCUGCUUGACCUCGAAUAUUGCGUUGUGACAACCGCAAUGGGGAUCCUUGACCUGGUGCGGUUCGCCGAUUCAAAAGUUGAGGACGGCACUAUGAGGAAAAGGCGGCUGAUAUCUCCUACCGGGAAACAGUGGAAGAAGUGGGCAUGGGCGAUCAUCACCCGUGAAGACAGCAAUCUGGAUUACACAGCAUACAGCUAUCGAAGCGGCACCCCUACCCUUUAUCUAGGCGAUGCUCUAGGGGUGAACCGGGAUCCCGAACAUCUCCCGCCCGUGACAUGGUGGGAGAAGAUGACCGACUACUUUCGUCUGAUUCCCAAGGUUUUCGGCUCACAGGAAUCCUGGUUCGGCUUCAAGGUCGCGGUGGGAACCAUGAUCAUAGCGCUCACAGCCUUUUUGCGCAACUCGCAAGAAUUCUACAUCAAGCAGCGCAUCAUCUGGGGUGCCAUCAUGGUUGCCAUCAGCAUGACUCAAACCGCCGGAUCAGGCAUGUACGGGCAAUUCGUGAGGAUUUUCGGCACUUUCCUGGCGAUGGUUCUCUCCUACAUUGACUGGUACAUCGUGGAUGGCGACACGGCGGGGGUCAUUGUCUUUGUCGGCCUGACCAUGUUCCUCUAUCACUAUCUGAUGGUCACGAAACCGAAUGAUCCUGUCAUCCCUAUGAUUGGAAUGAUCACUGUCAUGUUGAUCGUGGCGUACGAGCUUCAAGUCAAGCAAGUGGGCCUCGCCAUUUCCGAGUCCAACGGUCAAGUUUUCCAUCCCAUAUACGAGCUGGCGCCUUACCGACUUGCCUGUGUGCUUGGCGGCGUGGGCGUCGCCUGCUUGCUGACAUACUUUCCGAGUGUGACCACUGCGAGAAGCGAGAUGCGGAAAGAUCUGGGGAAUACGGUGUACUUACUCGGCCAGUACUACAGCUCCUCGCACAAGGCGGUCUCAUUGCGCCUGAAGGGGCUAGAAGGGGAUGUCAAAGACCAGAAAAGCCCGCUCCGGACGCUGGAGAAGGCUCGCACCCGCCUAUUCGCAAAAGAACUGAUUCUCAUCCAGGCAAUGAAGAAUCAUCUCAAGUUCAUCAGGUGGGAGCCUACUUUUGGAGGCAGAUUCCCAAAGGAGUUGUAUGAGAGGAUGCUGGCGCAUACGGAGAAUAUCCUUCGAUUCACAGCAAUGAUUGCAUGGACCACCAAAACCUUCAAAGAAAUCCCCGAAGCAGCGGGCCACGUUGAAGCUCCCAACUCUCUUGUGGCCACGGAUGGGACCGGCACCUGGCUCAAGGACUUCACAAAACUCAUCUCCUCCCUGGAACUGACCUCCCACAGCGUAACGUCACUCCUUGCCAUCCUCUCCGGAGCCAUCGGUUCCGGAAAGCCACUUCCCCCUUACCUGAGACCUCCUGAGCGAUUCCACAUCGGUGAGAUGCUCUCCUCCCUCGACGCCGGCAUAUUAGACACCAAACACAUCUGUGAGCCAGGGUAUUCGGCCUUCGCCGUUAUGCAGGUCUGCACAACCAUGUUGAACGAGGACCUGGCGGACCUGUUGGCCGACACGAAGAAGCUGGUUGGUGAAGCCGAGUUUAAUCUGGACAUCGUGCAGGAGGACUAUGAGCGGAAUGUGGGAAUAGUGCCGAGCGAGAUCCGGGAGAAGACGGACUGA